UCAAUGCUGCAAGUGGUUCUAAUUUACUAUCGCCGUUCUCUAGCUGGUCUAAAACUGCGUUUGACCUAAAGGGACGCUUUUUGGAUGCCAUGGACAUUUUUCAGUUUCCAGACAGAAAGAACAGUAAAAAUGCAGGCAGGGCACAGGACAAAGCACUCGGGACAAAAUGUAUGUGAAAUGGUUUGAAACAAUAAUGCUAUACUUAAAUGUCACUUUUUGACAUUUUUAAAUUUCCUGCUUGCUCUGUCCCCUGCACGUCUCGACGUCGCAGGGAGCGGAACUCGGAAGACAAAUGCCGGCAUCGGCCAGAGGAGAUGGCCGGGGACGCUGCAGGGGGGACAUCGCGGGAAUGAAGGACAAGGUAAGUGCAGAAGGGAUCCCGGAGCAACACUGCAGGGUAUUCCCGAGUGUAGCUCGGGGGUUACCACUUGUGGUGCUGAAACUUUACCUCGAGCUACACUUGGGAAUACCUCCAGGGAGGUUA